UUAGCGCGGACUCUGUUCACAUCGGCGCCUUCGAAGACUCCUCAUGCUAUUGCGAAUCUGAGGCAGUUAAAAGUUGUGUAGAUCAAAGUUCUUUUCGCCCAAGAAGCAGAGAGAAACCCUUCACGUAUCCUGCCUGCUAAGCGUGUUCACUACGAGAGAUCUCGAUGACUUAUUUCAUAUCUUAGAGAUCAGAUGAUAAGACAAGAUUGCAUCCCCAGUUCCUCAUCGUUGCAGCGCACACCUGGCGCUUUAUUUCCUGUCUCCAAGACCGUUAAACACUGGAGAAGCGGUCCGUUUUCGUUAGGCAUUUGAAGGCUUGUAAGAAACGAUCUACUAAAACAGGCUACCCUUUUUAAAACUAACAUUUCCCACUAGCUGAACUUCGGGAUGUGAUUACAUAUUGUGUAUCACCGGUAUUCACUACCUUUUUUGUUCUUGUAUGGACAAAUAACUUGUCGGGGUCUCGAGUCUCCCAUCUGUCCUGUCAAUUUUUUUCCGCUUUCUCAUAUGCUCGCUAACCUGACUUUUCCACAUUAGCCUGAACAGAUUGUCCGGCAUUCGUCUUUGAACAGCAUUGCUUCUAAAUCGGACCCUGCAUAAUUCUUUCCAGACACUCCGGACUUUUGCUUCAUCAGCUACACUCUCUAGUUACUCUUCUCAUACGAGACCUGGAAGAUCGUGGGCGCCAAACGAAAGAAGGAGUGACGGCGCUGGAAUACGGGAGCACAGAGAAGCGCGCGGGCAGCUUGUCCACCAACAACAUUUAACAAGCCAGGCAUGUAUUCGAAAGCGCGGCUCGGGAGUUUGCGGCCAGGGACUGGACGUCUGCUGCAUGCGUUUAUGUUUCGUGAUGUGCUGCUGUUGCUGCACAGUCGGGCUGCUUGUCUCGAGAGAGAUGUGUGGUGAAGCUGCCCGCCGAUGGUUCACAGGGUUCCGGAGGAGACCGUCUUCUUUAUUGUAAUGCACUGCCACCGAAGACAGGAGCUGUGCUACACACCGGGACAAGAUGCGCUUAUUCUGAGUCCAAUCUUAAAUCGGAGUGCCAUCUCUCACAACUGUUUAAGGUCCUGGAAGAAGCGAUUUUUACAAGGGUUUACAGCUGAAAGGGAAGCAAAGUGAAACGAAGGUCAUUGGGCAUCAAAAGCACAAGCCACUGGGCUGUCACAGAAGAUAAAAGGAGCAGCCAAGAGAUCUACCGUGAAGUGAAACAGGAAUGAGGAAAGAAGGACAAACGAUCUUAAAAGUAAAGGGAGCUCAUGGUGACCGAGAGGCUGGAGUCUUUACCUUUGGUGAUAUGUAGCUGAGUCUGUUAACCGAAGUGGGCUAAGCUUCUUAGACAUCACCACAAUCGAGCUUUCGCAUGUUGUGAAGCUACAAGAUGCUUAGUCGAUAUCGAACAUUUUUUUCAUUCCUUGGGGUCGAGAAUUUUUGACAUAUUAGGAAUUCAUCUUCCAGUCCAAGCGACACUAAGGUUAAUAACUAUUAUAUCUCAAGCAGGUUAUCAACUUACUAUGAACACAGCACUCAGGUGAUGAAACUUGGGGUGAAGUUAGGCACUAAGGUUGCGUUGUCCUUCCCCAACUAAUUUAAAAUGAUUUUGCAACCAACUCCUCUUCUUUUGCUGUGAAUUACCUUUUUUUUUUAACUUUGGUUGAUAAUGGACCAAAUCAACCAAUCUGCUGAUUACUCCCAGCGCCUCCUUGUUGCUAACAGUUCACAGAAUUAUACUACGAUGCCCACCACUUUGGAUGACCAAAGCCUGCUGGGAGUUCAGAUCUCGUUGUCAGUUGUCUUAGGAAUUCUGACUCUGGCUACAAUCCUGUCCAAUAUUUUUGUCAUCAUCACCAUCAUUCUGACCCGAAAGCUCCACACUCCCGCCAAUUUUCUCAUUGGCUCCUUAGCAGUGACAGAUCUCCUGGUGUCAAUCCUCGUGAUGCCGAUUAGCAUUGUUUACACCGUCAGCAAAUCCUGGGCCUUUGGACAGAUCAUGUGUGACAUCUGGCUCUCUUCGGACAUCACCUGCUGCACGGCUUCCAUUUUGCAUCUUUGCGUUAUCGCUCUUGACCGAUACUGGGCCAUAACAGAUGCCCUUGAGUACUCCAAAAAGAGGACCACGUGCAGAGCAGCCAUCAUGAUUGCUGUGGUCUGGGUGAUUUCUAUCUGUAUCUCGAUGCCCCCAUUGUUCUGGAGGCAGGCAAAAGCACAUGAGGAAUUGACCGACUGCAACGUCAACACGGAUAAAGUGAUGUACACCAUUUAUUCUACUUUUGGGGCUUUCUAUAUCCCUACCGUCCUUCUGAUGAUCCUUUAUGGCAGGAUCUAUGUGGCUGCACGAUCCCGGAUCUUCAAAACCCCUUCUUCAAGCGGGAAGCGUUUCACGACUGCUCAGCUGAUUGGAGGGUCUGCUGGCUCCUCCCUCUGCUCCAUCAAUUCAAACUCAAACCAGGAUGGACAGCUUCAGCAUGGUGGUUCUCCAGUCUUCAUGAACCAUGUCAAAAUAAAGCUGGCAGACAGUGUGUUGGAAAGGAAGCGAAUCUGUGCAGCCAGAGAAAAGAAAGCCACUAAGACCUUGGGCAUCAUCCUGGGAGCCUUCAUCUUCUGCUGGUUGCCCUUUUUUGUGGUUAGCCUGGUGUUACCCGUCUGUAAGACCUGCUGGUUUCACCCUGUGUUGUUUGACUUCUUUACUUGGCUGGGCUACCUUAACUCGCUCAUCAAUCCAGUGAUCUAUACCGCUUUCAACGAUGAGUUCAAACAGGCCUUCCAGAAGCUUAUACGAUUCAAGCGAUGCUAUUAAAUGUAUUUUGAGUUUGUUUGGUUGAUUUUAUGUGGAUUUGUUGAUCCCAAGCAAAAGUAAAGCACAACGGCUUUCAUUGUGUUGUAGAAUUCCAUACCUGUUCGGAUAUUUGUACACGUGCAUAAUGCUUUGUGCGUGUGUGUAUAUGAUAUAGGAUCUCUUUCGUACAACCUAUAAUGUGCAAAAUUACAAUGUAUCUUCACUCCCAAAAUGUCUGACCAUCCUGAAUUUUUAUACCUCAACCUUUUCAUCUACUCACUGAAUGGUAUCAGCACACGAGGGAAUGACUGAUUUGAAGCACAUACGUCACCUUAUUCAUCGGUACUAGGCAGAACACCCUUGUAAUGGUAACUAACACUAUACGGGCAGCAUAAUUAGCCAUUCCUGCAUGCUCUACCCCAAUUUAUUAUUAAUAUAAAGAUCCCCAACCACAGAGUUCCACCUCUCCUGAGUGAGGCUUCCAAACAAUUUGUCACUUUGUGGGCCUUUUGUCACAUCCAUCAUUACAUCUUGAGGAAUUAUCUCCUCAUCCUGUACCACUCCUAUUUAAUCCCAGUGCCAUGUAAUGGUGCCCUUUAUUUGUCAGUGUGGGUUUGUCUAUCUUUAGGUAGCCCAUCACCAACACACUCAUGCCCACACCUGCACUCACCCUGAC